AUUGGCCAUAUGUCUAAGGGAGACCACAAUGACGAUCUAUAAUAACAUAGCCAGAGGAUUAUUUGAGAAAGAUAAACUGGUCUUCUCCUUUAUGAUGUGUGUGGAGAUUAUGAAGCAGGAAGAGAAGAUAACUCCUGCUGAGUGGAACUUCUUCCUCCGUGGAGCUGCCGGAAUGGACAAAGAGCGACCGGGCAUGCCCACUGCUCCCUUCUUGAACAAUGUCAAAGUCUGGAAUAAUGCAUUUGAUCUCAACAAGAAAGGCCCACUUACUAACCUUAUAUAA